AUGUUACCCAAACUCUCCCUCUUUCUAGGCACCCUCCCCCUGGCCCUAGCCACCAAAACACCAACUCCCCAACUCGUCGACUUUGACGAUGAAGGCGUCCUGGGCGGCCUCUACCGCCCCCUCAACAACACCCCUCGCUCCAGAAUCGGCGUCUACGUGAUGCACGCAGAGCAAGACUACACCAUGUUCUCUGCCUGCCACGAACUCCCUCUCCGCGGAUACACGACCUUCUGCGCAAACAACGAGGCCAGCAAGAGCGGGUACAUGUCCGAUCUCAACUUCGAAGACAUGCUCUCCAACGUCAACGACGGCAUGAAGUACCUCCGCAACCUAACUGAGAUCGACACGGUGGUGAUCUUCGGCCACAGCGGCGGCGGCGCCAUGAUGGCUGCGUAUCAGAAUGUCGCCGAGAACGGGGCUAAAGCGUGUCAGGGUGAGGAGAAGAUCUACCCGUGCUCGGAUGCGAUGGAUGGACUGGAGCCUGCGGAUGGGUUGAUUCUGGUGGAUGCGAAUUACGGGAUUGGGACCAUGGCUGUGAUGAGUUUGAAUCCGGCUAUUAUUGAUGAAUCGUCUGGGAUGAAGCUGAACCAGUCGUUGAAUUUGUUCAACCCGGCGAAUGGGUUCAAUAAUAAUACCAUCUCCAACUACACGGCGGAGUUUAAGAGAAACUUCCAGGAGGGCGUGGUGGCUCGGAAUAACCGUGUUCUGCAGCAUGCGCAGGACCGUCUGGCUGCCAUCGAGGCUGGCAAUGGCACCUACAGCGACGACGAGCCAUUGACUAUCCUCGACACGCUGUACACCGGCUUCAACAACAAGUUCUUCGCCCAGGAUACCAGAUAUCUGCACCACACCACGCACGCCUGGCCAUUGCUGCACAAGAACGGCACCACCGUGCAGGUUGUCCCGUCCGUCCGAGUGCCAGCCAACUUUGACAAUCUCGCCGCAGACUGGCAGAACGGUGCCUUGAAGACGACCGUCCGUCGGUACCUAUCUACGUUUGCCAUCCGACUCACCGACGACUUCAACUACCGGGCUGAUGGCUUCGACGGGGUGGAUCUCGAAUCUACGCAGAUGGCACCCGCAGCAGCCAUCAAGGGCGUCACUGUGCCUUUGUUGACGAUGGGCAACACCGGCCACUAUGAGUAUCUGAAUGCGGAGAAGAUUCAUCUCAAUGCGAACAGCAAUGAUAGUUCGAUUGCGUUUGUUGAGGGGGCGCAGCAUACUCUUGAUACUUGUACUGCUUGUGAGAGCUAUCCUGGAGAGUAUGGGAAUACGCUGGUCACUGCUUACAAUCAUAUUGGGGCGUGGUUGGGGAAGAAGGGUCGGUUUAUCCAGUAG